AAUUUUCUGUUGACACUGUUUAUAUAGGAGUUUGCCAUUUUACCCUUUAACCAGUAUAAGUUUACCUUCAAACCAUAUCAGCUUAUCCUAUAUAUCCAUAGUCGGUGUAUAAUAUAAUCACAUAAUCCAUAAUGAGUUCGAGAUAUUCAGCUGUUGGUGCUCAUCAAAGAGACCUAAGAACACAAUUGUUUAGUUCCCCUCAAGGUAUAAGAACACCGCCAUCCAGAACUACUUCACCAUAUGAUCCAACUCCAACUGUCACUGCCAAACAUAAUGAAUCAUUUUUACUGAGUUUAGAAUCCCAAAAUAAUGAUGAAAUGGAUUCAAUGGGUCAAAAAGUGGCUUUAUUAAGGAAUUUAGGUGAAAAAAUGGGGGUUGAAAUAAAUAAAUCAUUAAAAUUAAAUGAUGAAAUAACAAAUCAAUUUGAAAAGGGGAAGGUUACCUUAAAGAAAACAUAUAAUCAAAUGGUAUUGAUGAGUCAAAGAGCAGGUAUAACGUGGAGAAUGUGGUUACUUGUAUUCCUAAUUAUAUUCGUUUGUUUCUUCUAUGUUUGGAUGUUCUAAGACAGAUCACAGAUCAGUGUAUCAUUUUAUCAAUCAAUCAAUCAAUCAAUUCAUCCAUCAUCUACUUUAACGAAUUCCUUGCAUAUUUCUUUACUUUAAUGGCAUCUUCUUAAUUCAGUUCUUCUUUUUACUAUUAUAUUUACUAAAAGGACUAAUUUUUUUACUU